AUGAAGAUCUACCUGCAAAUCGGAGUAAUGGCGCUGUUCGUAAUGUGCUUAGAAGGAGAGAUAUUUACAUCACUUUAUCAGUUAGAGAUACUACUGCAACAAGAAAGAGAAAUGUUUGCUGCUUUGAACAAAACAAUAGACGAACAAUCAAACAAGAUUGCAACAUUGAAAAGGUUACAAGCUGCCAUUCGAGAUGUAACGUUAUUAGAUAAGGCGUUUCAAGGGUUGACAUUAGAAAAUGUAGUUCCAGAUGAUGAACCAUUGGUAGAUGAAAAACAUAACGUUAUAGAUGAACUUCAUCUGAUCCGCAGGUUCGAGACAUUAUGGAAAGAUGUGUUCAGGGCUAUCAGCAAAUCUAAUCAAGUGCAACAAGAUUUCACAUCAAGUAUGGGGGGUUUUAUGGAAAGUCCAGACUCUCCAAAUGUUGUCGACUACAUAGGAGCUGUCGGAUCUUUGAUUAAAAUCCAAGAAUCGUUUGCUAUAAACAUUACAUCUAUGUCUCGUGGUGACAUACUUGGGAAAAUGUCAAGAACGCCUCUGACAAAAGGGGACUGCAUGGCAAUUGGUAAUGUUAAAGCAUUGCAAGGCGUCUCUAAAAACAUUUGGUUUGAAGUUGCGUCACGCCAAACAACAUCCACACUCGAUGGUUUUUGUGAUAAUCUGAAUGUCCCUAUAAAUAAGCCUAGACGACCAACUGCUAUAAAACAUAAAUCACAAACACAGAAUCAUGCUGCAGACACAUCGACUAUUGCAGCAGAUGCUCAGACUCACGUCUUUUCUCUAUGUAGGGGAGAGACGCAACAAAGCACAAGCGUGAGAUCCAAGCUGACGUGCCACUACAGGCGGACCUUGAUUCCCUACAAGCGUUGGAAGGAGGAAGUCUUGAACUUUGAUCCAUGGGUUGCCCAACUCCAUGAUUUUAUGAGAGAUGAGGAGAGUGACUUCUUCAUGCAGGAAUCUAAAAAGACGUUGGUGCCAAGUGUCGCAGGUCGAGUGGUAGACGGUGUCAAGUAUGGGACAACUGGUUAUGUACGAGUUGGGAAAGUAGCUUGGUUUUUGGACAACCACACAGACCCGACAGUUGGAUUGAUCAGCAGGAGGAUAGAAGAGUUGACAACAUUUGACACCAAGUGGAGGGAGACAGGACCCUCCGGUGCCGAACCAUUUCAGACGGUUGGCUAUGGCAUUGGAGGGAAUCUUAUGCCACAUAUGGACCAUCAUAAUGCAUCAAAAUUCGAAAGAGAUGGCAUGAUGAAAAACUCUGGGAACAGAAUGGUGACAAUGUUGCUCUAUGUGGGACGAAUCAUGUAAAUCUCCAAUCUCAAUAAAAUAGAUACACGGAUUGAGCCAGCUUUGUCCAAAACGUGUUGACAAACAGACAUACGGAUGGAUGAACAGACAGAGGAAAUGACCGAAGUUCAAGUUCACGAC